CGGUUAGCCUAAACCAAAUUCAACCAUCCACCCACUAACAACCUGUCUCCAUACCGCUGCCACUAGGGUUUAUUGUUCCUUUCCCAAAUCCCCUAACCAUAAACCCUAAUAAUAACCCUCUCUUUCAACGCCAAAUCAAUCAAAAAUUCAAAUGGAAAUAAACAAUAAUAAAAGAAAAUCAGCAGAAGAAGGCCCAUCAAAUGCUACCCCUCCACCACACAAACAUCAACACACAGAUGCUGCUGACGGCGUAACUGCUUGUCUUCAUGACGUGUCAUAUCCCCAGAAUUACGUGGUCAAUCGCCACGUGGCAGCCAGUAAUGAAGAAGAAGGAGGAGAAGAAUUGAAGAAGAAGCCAGCUAAGGAAUUUCCUUUCACUUUGGACCCUUUUCAGUCUGAAGCUAUCCAUUGUUUAAAUGCUGGUGAAUCUGUUAUGGUAUCAGCCCAUACGUCAGCUGGGAAAACUGUCGUGGCAUCGUAUGCUAUUGCAAUGUCGCUGAAGAAUAAGCAAAGAGUGAUAUACACUUCUCCUAUAAAGGCACUGAGUAACCAAAAGUAUAGAGAGUUUAAAGAAGAGUUCUCAGAUGUUGGUUUGAUGACCGGGGAUGUUACUAUUGAUCCCAAUGCUUCUUGCUUGGUAAUGACCACAGAAAUCUGGCGUAGUAUGCAGUACAAAGGAUCAGAGCUCACAAGGGAGGUGGCAUGGAUCAUAUUUGAUGAGGUACAUUAUAUGCGUGAUAGAGAAAGAGGUGUGGUUUGGGAAGAGAGUAUUGUUAUGGCCCCGAAAAAUGCUCGGUUUGUGUUCCUUUCAGCUACUGUUCCAAAUGCUAAGGAGUUUGCUGACUGGGUUGCAAAGGUUCAUCAGCAACCUUGUCAUAUUGUUUAUACGGAUUAUCGGCCAACGCCUCUUCAGCAUUACCUUUUUCCUACUGGUGGCGAUGGUUUAUACUUGGUGGUCGAUGAAAAGGGAAAAUUUCGUGAGGAUAGUUUUCAAAAAGCUUUAAACGCCCUUGUUCCCGCCAACGAGAAGAAAGAUAGUGGCAAAUGGCAGAAGGGGUUGGUGAAUGGUAGAGCUGGUGAAGAUAGUGACAUAUUUAAGAUGGUCAAGAUGAUUAUUCAACGCCAAUAUGACCCUGUCAUAAUCUUUAGCUUCAGUAAAAGGGAAUGUGAAUUCCUUGCAAUGCAGAUGGCAAAGAUGGAUCUAAAUGAGGAUGACGAGAAAGUGAACACUGAGACUAUCUUUUGGAGUGCCAUGGACAUGUUAUCGGAUGAUGAUAAGAAGCUACCCCAGGUGUCAAAUAUGCUCCCCCUCUUGAAGCGGGGAAUAGGUGUGCAUCAUUCUGGUUUGCUGCCCAUAUUGAAGGAAGUCAUCGAAAUAUUAUUCCAAGAAGGUCUAAUCAAGUGCUUGUUUGCCACAGAGACAUUCAGCAUAGGUCUUAAUAUGCCUGCAAAAACAGUUGUUUUUUCAAAUGUUCGCAAGUUUGACGGUGAUAAGUUUAGAUGGUUAUCAAGUGGGGAGUAUAUACAGAUGAGUGGGCGUGCGGGGCGUCGAGGAAUAGACGAUCGUGGUGUGUGUAUUCUUAUGGUUGAUGAGAAGUUGGAACCAUCCACUGCUAAGAUGAUGGUCAAAGGAAGUGCUGAUUGUUUGAACAGUGCUUUCCAUUUAAGCUAUAACAUGCUUUUGAAUCAACUACGAUCUGAAGAUGGAGAUCCAGAAAAUUUGCUUCGGAACUCAUUCUAUCAAUUCCAAGCAGACCGAGCCAUUCCUGACCUUGAGAAACAAAUGAAGGCUCUUCAGGAGGAAAAGGAUUCAAUUCAUAUUGAAGAAGAGAAGAGUUUAGAAAAUUACUACUCUUUGUUGCAGCAAUAUAGAAGCUUUAAGAAGGAUGUCCGGGACAUCAUUUUUUCUCCCAAGUACUGCUUGCCAUUUUUGCAGCCAGGCAGGCUUGUAUGCGUUCGUUGUGUAAGUAAUGAUGAAAGCACUCUAGCCUUUUCAAUUGAGGAUCAUGUAACAUGGGGUGUUAUAGUCAACUUUCAAAGGGUAAAGGGUCUUUCAGAAGAUGAUAUAAAUAAAAGUCCAGAAGAUGCAACCUACACUGUGGAUAUACUUACAAGAUGUGCAGUAUCUAGAGACGAACUUUCAAAGAAAACAAUCAAGAUUGUUCCGCUGAAGGAGCCCGGGGAACCUGUAGUUGUUUCUGUUCCUGUUUCGCAGAUAGAUAGCUUGAGUAGUGUCCGUCUCAUAAUUGCGAAGGAUCUUUUGCCAUUGGAAAAUCGAGAAAAUACUUUGAAAAAGGUGUCUGAAGUUCUCUCAAGAUUUUCUAAACAAGGGAUACCCCUCUUAGACCCAGAAGAAGACAUGAAGGUCCAAAGUGGGUCUUACAGGAAGGCAGUCCGCAAGAUUGAGGCUCUAGAGAACUUGUUUGAGAAGCAUGAAGUUGCAAAGUCUCCACUUAUUGAGCAGAAGCUUAAAGUAUUGCACAAGAAGAAGGAAAUUACUGCCCAAAUAAAAACGAUCAAGAGUUCAAUGCGGUCUACCUCUGCUCUGGCCUUUAAAGAUGAACUCAAAGCAAGGAAAAGAGUUUUAAGGAGACUAGGAUUUGUGACUAGAGAGGAUGUUGUGGAAUUGAAGGGGAAAGUUGCCUGUGAAAUUAGCAGUGCCGAUGAAUUGGUGCUAACAGAACUUAUGUUUAAUGGUGUAUUCAAAGACAUUAAGAUAGAAGAAAUGGUAUCUCUUUUAUCUUGUUUUGUGUGGCAAGAGAAGCUUCAGGAUGCUCAAAAGCCCAGGGAAGAGCUGGACAUGCUUUACACACAAUUGCAAGAUACUGCACGAAGAAUUGCUACAGUUCAGCUAGAGUGCAAGGUGGAAAUUGAUGUAGAAAGUUUUGUGAGUUCAUUCAGGCCGGAUAUUAUGGAGGCCGUUUAUUCAUGGGCAAAAGGGUCCAAGUUUUAUGAGAUCAUGGAAAUCACACCAGUGUUUGAAGGCAGUUUGAUCAGAGGUAUCAGGAGAAUGGAAGAAAUUCUCCAGCAGUUAAUCUUAGCCGCAAAAUCAGUUGGGGAAGUUGAACUUGAAGCCAAGUUUGAAGAAGCCGUUUCCAAGAUCAAGAGGGAUAUUGUGUUUGCAGCCUCUCUCUACUUGUAGACAUGGGUAUAUCAAUCCCCACUUGUGUGGUCUGAUAACUUUAGGUAGGUAGAAAAUACCUUUCAAAUAGCUAAGUUCAUUCUUUGAGUUGUUAUUUGUAUCAUAUAUACCUAUUUUAUUAAAUAAUAUGUUUUGUAUUGAAGAUGAAUCUUAUAAAUUAAUGAAUCAAUUACCAAUUUACCA